UACCCAGCUAUACUGCUGUCGGCCUUGAACUUUGCUGCGCUGUCGAAUGCCUCGCGAGGCGUCAAAGGGUACCCAUCGGUGUUCCAAUGCAGCGCAUACACCGCCGCGUUUGCGUUCUCCGGCUAUGCGCUUAGCAAGGGUGACGCUGUAAAUGGGUCUGGCCUGACUGCCGGGUGGUCGGCUAUCUGGUUGUUUUUCAAUGCGCGUAAUGCCCUGAAAAGUGCGCGCCCGUUCCCAAUUGCCAUGACGGCAGCGGUAGCAGCUGUUGGGUCUAUAUAUGGU